ACCGUUUCAUAUUAAAACCCGGGACAGUGCCGACGGCUGGCAAUGCUAGUCGAACAGUUGGCGUAGCAACCGGGUGUGGUUCGGACGGUGCUUUCGCUGAUAUUGUAUUGUAAUGCUGGUAAAAAUGGCGAUAAAGGACGUGUGUAGACUGUGUCUGACCGAAGACGAUCUCGUAUGGAUAUUCGACAAACGAUUUGAGAGCAGCGACAAUAUGAAAGACGUUAUUUACAUCACAACUGGUGUAGAGAUCACCGUCAACGAUAUCAUAUCUCAGAAGAUUUGUAAAAAAUGUUGCCAGGUUACCAUUAAAAUGUUCGAGUUUAGAAGAACAUCUUUGAAAAAUGAUCUACAUUUAAAAGAGCAAUGCAAGAUGUUUUUAAGGGAUAAGGAGAUAAAAAUCCCCAACACUCAAGUAACCAUAAGAAGUGAAGUAAAAAACAAUCCCAAGGUUACUGUUAAUGCAGAAAGCGUCAGUCCAAAGAAGGAUGUUGAAGCGAAGAAGGAAGUGAAAGUAUUUAACAAAAUACAUCCCAGCGUACGAGAAUUGUUCAAGAUGUAUCCUCAGAUUAAACUACCUACUGUAUGCUUGAAGUACAAUAUGGCCCCGUGUGUGUCUAUGAAAAUGGAUCAGGUGGAGCAGUAUUUCACAUCUCGUAAACUAGAUUUCCAAAAAUAUACCAAACUAGCUUUAAGAUCCGGAAAGGUUGCUACGAAAAGAACUUCCUCGCUGCAUAAAAUCGCCACCGCAUCAAAAAUUAUUAAAAUCGAACGGAAAACUAAAACAGAAAUGAAGGAAGAAGUUCCUAUUCCUCUGAAAAUUAAUCUACCUCCUCCACCACCUACCACUGAUAAUGUUGUUCAUCCUGAUAUUAAGUGUAAUAGUAAUAUUUCCAUAAAGAAUAUCGAAGAACAACCCUCUUCAAACAAAAGAAAACUUGCCGAAAUUGAUAAAGUAGAGAAAAAGGAAUUCAAAAAGACUAAUUUCGCCCAAUCUUUGGGGUUAACUCCGAAAGUAGCAGAAUCUUGUGGGGGGACACCGACAUUUAUAGCGAACAAGUCAGUGCCGUUAUUUAUCUGUGAAAUAUGCAAUUCGGUUCAGUACAGCUCUAAAGAUUUGAGGAAACAUCAAAACAAACACCUCCGAUGUCAAUUCUGCAAAAUGAAAUUCCGUAGCCUUGAAAACAAAGACGAGCAUUUGAAUAAGACUUGUUCCAUCAAAAAUAUGAUGAACAACUUACCAGAUGUUAAACUUACAAAGGUUGAAUUCAAUGAGUGGGCUCGAAGAAAAUAUCCGGAAACUUUCCAAGGUUUUUCUCCGCUUAAAGGUGUAAAAAUAGAAGAUAUUUCGGAAACGAAAAGUGAUGUAAAUGUUAGUGCAAUAGGACCAGUAGAUGCCAAAGACCUUAAUGUUAAUGUCGUGCCUAAGGAUAACCCUCAAAAACUAACUGUUACGUCAGAAUCUUGUGAAAUUAUAGAAAUUCUCUCUGAUGAUGAGGAAUCUUCAUCAUCCAAUAUUGUUAAAGGACCUCUUUCAGUUAAUGCCACAUCAGUACCUCCGUCACAGGCGUCGCGGGCAACUCCUACGCUAAAUACCGCACAACUUCCUCAAGUAGAAAAUAUAGUGUAUAACACAGUGUCUAUAGUAAGACCGGACAUCAAGAUAAAGGGCAAUUGUGCCUUGGACCUGAUAGACGCGAGACUAACAGAUAUAAAAGUGCUCAAAGAACUUUUGACUCAUUACCGACCUGUGCAUCUCUACGCCGAAAAGAACAUUCAAACCGAAUUGCCAGUCAACGAAUCGAUUUUAUUGAAUCGUCUGGACAUGAGUGCCGAGUUGAAACUACUUAAACCGCAGCUGCACGUUUAUAAAAUUCCUAUUGUUAUAAAGAAUGGCAUUUUCAACGUAUGCUUCAAAUAUACCGCUGAACAAAGACCGCCCAAAAAGUUAUGUCUGUGGAGCGACCUGAACGUCAUGGACAUUAAACCAUCAAAUGUAAAGGUUAGUUCCAAAGUGGUUUCAAAUGAGAAUAUUAAUAACCAGAAUAUUCUGCCAUCUACGGCGACGUACCAUUCCACUGGGAUUUCCAGUAGACCUCCACAGUUGACAACUACAUCGAAAUUCAUCCGUGUUAACACAAGCUCGCUCAGUCCAAUAACGACUGCCUCACACACCUCAUCUUCCAAUUUCAUAACCGUGAACCCGCUGCUAAACAAUGCUCUUCAAAGUACAACAUCCUCGUCUACGACAACGGUGCAGACUGCAAAUGUGGAAACACCGGUUGCCAGUGGUAGUGGAGGACAACAAUUUGGUACUAUUAGGGUUAAAAACGUAUGGGAACUGACUUAAAAUUAAGAAACGUUGUAUAUAUAUAUAUAAUUUUUUAGUUGUAAUUUAUUGUUGACCUUAU